AUGAACUUGAUGCUAAAUGACAAGAACAUAAUUCACUUGCAAGGAAAGUUGACUCGUUUGGAUGAACCUUUUAAGAAUUUAAGAGAAACUACUGAAAAAGUUGAACUCAAAGAAAAAAUUCUUCUUUCAAAUAAUUUAUUUGUUCAAUCAAUUAAAAAAGAAAAAAGAAUUCAACAAAUAACUAACCACCUCAUUGGCAAUCCGUCUAGAAAAUCAUCAGAGGAUGUAGUGGUGGUAGCAGCAGCGGUGCUUGAUAAAUCAAAAAUUGAUUCGAAGUUGAUUCAAGAUGUGGCGGUUGGUAAUGUUUUACCACCUGGUGGUGGAGCUACGGUUGCAAGAGCCGCAGCUUUGUUUACUGGUAUUCCUGAUACUGCUGAUUUGAACACUGUUAAUAGACAAUGUUCUUCUGGUUUACAAGCAGUUGUUCAAAUUGCUCACGAAAUUGUGCUUGAUCAAAUUGAAAUUGGGAUAGGCGCUGGAGUUGAAAAUUGUUUACUUCCGAUGGGAGCAACUUCAGAAAAUGUAGCAGAAGAAUUUGGAGUCACGAGAGCCAAACAAGAUCAAUUUGCUGUUUUGUCUCAUCAAAAAGCAGCAGCAGCGCAAAAAUCUGGUCUUUUUAAAGAAGAAAUAAUUCCUGUAAGAACCAAAUGGAUUGAUCCCAAGACAGGGGAUGAGAAAGAAAUAGUUGUUGAUAAAGAUGAUGGAAUUCGUAAGAACACAACAUUGGAAGGAUUAGCCAAAUUGAAACCAGCGCUCAAAGAAAAUGGUACUACUACAGCAGCAGCAGCGGUUUUAUUGAUGAAACGUAAGACAGCUGAAAGACUUAGAUUACCAAUUAUUGGUAGGUUUAUUAGAGCAUCAGUUGUUGGGUUUCCACUAAGGGUGAUGGGAAUAGGGCCUGCUUAUGCAAUUCCGACUGUUCUUAAACUAGUAGGGCUUUCAGUUAAUGAUAUUGUCAUUUAUGAAAUUAAUGAAGCUUUUGCUUCACAAGCAAUAUAUUCUAUUGAGAAAUUAGGAGCAAUUGCAAUCGGACAUCCUUUGGGUUGUACUGGUGCACGUCAAGUAUCAACACUCUUGACAGAGUUAAGAAGAACAAGGAAGAAAUUAGGAGUUAUUUCUAUGUGUAUCGGAACAGGAAUGGGAAUGUCUGCUGUUUUUGAAGCAGAAUUUGCUUAA